UCUUAAAUCAAAGAUUGGGGGAACGUUGGGAGAGGAAAGAAGGUGGUCUUAAUUGAUAGUAGAGUUUUCGUAUUUGUUAAUUACAUAUAAACGCCAUGUCGUUUCGAAUAGCUUGUACUUUCCAUUGUGGAAAACAUUUGACCAAAUGAUACACUUGUGUCUUCUGCCGUUCUUCUGCAAAGGGAAAGCUGAUAUCAUUCCGAUCUUUUCUCCUAUAAUAUUUGUGCAGGUAUAUCAAGUCUUUGUCUUUGUCUGGUUCCUGAGAACAUUUCGCCUCUUUCAUUUCAUUGGAUUCAAAAACCUUAAAAUUUCAUCGUUUUUUCAUGUUCUUGUUCUGUGUAACAAGUAAUAUGGCUCUUCGUGCUGUCGGGUUCUUCAUUUUGGUCUGCAUCUUUUUCUUCUGCAGAUCUUUGACUGAUGCAAGUUUGGAAAGGGAGAAAACACUGGCUAUGAUAAAGCCAGAUGGAUUGCUCAGUAAUUACACUGAUGAGAUCAAAAGGGUAAUUCUGGAAUCUGGUUUCAAUAUCUUCAAGGAAAAGAUUAUUCAACUUAAUGAGGAGCAGACGGCAACUUUUUAUGCAGAGCACUCUUCAAAGAGCUUCUUCACUAGUCUCAUCAAAUACAUGACAAGUGGUCCAGUGUUAGUGAUGGUCUUGGAAAAGGAAAAUGCUGUUGCUGAUUGGCGUGCCUUAAUUGGACCAACUGAUGCACAUAAGGCUAAACAUACUCAUCCCCACAGCAUCAGAGCUAUGUGUGGGCUAGAUAAGGAAAAGAACUGUGUUCAUGGUUCAGAAUCUCUUCAAUCAGCCCAAAGAGAGAUAUCAUUUUUCUUUACUGAGAUGUCUCCAGAUGAGGUCGUUACAACCAAUGACGAACUGUAACUUGCGAGCAGUCAAAGAAGACUUACAUGAUCACUACAAGUUUCUUUCCAGCCACCUUUAAACUGCAAAUUUUUUUCGAAUGUGGUGUCUGGAAAUACCCCAAUUAGUAUAUGGUACUUAAAGUAGGCGAUAAUAGUCUCAACGCUUCAUCAGCAGAAACAAAGCUGUAUCUCAGGUUGUUAUGCGCAUUGGAAUGAUCAUUGAACAAUAUUGGGGCUACUGUAUGCUUUUAUGUGCAUAUUUUUGUUGUUUGUCAACUGAAUAGAAUUGUACAUUCACUUUCACACAUAUAGAUGCUUAAUAUGUUCCUUAUGGGGAUAUUAUUUGAGACCUGGACAUAGGUACCGGCAAGGUUCUGCUGGCACACCUUUGGGUUGUCAUGGGGGUCAAGGGUGACCAAUGCUCACAUGCCAUUUUAUGGAGAAUUUUAUCAUUUUGGUGAUUGAAAAUUGGUACCGGGAGACCUAAUUCCAGAUCA